AUGUCCCAAUCGGCCAGCCUCGACAUGGACACGCUCUCGUCUCACCCUGUCCCUUCGGACGCCGAGAAACAAGACACUGAAAAACAACACCACGACCCUGAGAAACAAAAUGACACUCCCGGCGACCUGCGCAGCGACAUCGUCAUCGAUGAGGCCGCCGAGCGCCAGCUAGUCCGCAAACUUGACCGCUGGAUCAUCCCCCCCGUCAUGCUCAUGUACCUGCUCAGCUUCCUCGACCGCGUCAACAUCGGCAACGCGCGCCUCUACGGCAUGGAAAAAGACCUCGGUCUAACCGGCGACCAAUACCAGACCGCCGUUUCCGUCCUCUUCGUCACCUACAUCUUGUCCGAGCUGCCCUCCAACCUGGUCAUCAAACGCUUCACCCCAUCCCGCUGGCUGGCCUUCAUCACCACCGGCUGGGGCAUCGUAGCCACGCUGACGGGUAUCGUCCACAACUACCCGUCGCUCAUCGCCUGCCGCGUGAUCCUCGGCGCCCUCGAAGGCGGUAUGUUCCCUGGCCUGACGCUGUACCUGACCAUGUUCUACACCAAGCGCGAACUUGCCCUGCGCAUCGGGUAUCUCUUCGUGUCUGCAGCCAUUGCCGGGUCGCUGGGUGGGCUGUUGGCGUAUGGCAUUGGGUUCAUGGACGGCGUCGCGGGCUUGCGCGGAUGGCGGUGGAUCAUCAUCCUAGAGGGGAUCCCGACCGCGAUUCUGGGUGUGGCCGUCUACUUCUGGUUUGCAGACACCCCGGACACCGCGUUCUAUCUCUCGGCUGAGGAACGCGCGCUCAUGGACCUGCGCAUGCGCCGGCAGAUUGGGCACACCAAGUCAUCGGACAUGAUGCACAAGAAGGAUGUGAUUGCGGGUUUGAAGGAUUGGAAGAUCUGGGUGUUUUCCAUCGGUCAGUUCGGUGGCGACAUGAUCCUGUACGGGUUUUCGACUUUCUUACCGACUAUCAUCGGCCAGCUGGGCGAUAACUGGACUACCGAACAGGUCCAGGCGCUCACCAUCCCGUGCUACGCCAUGGGCGCCAUCAGCUAUUUAGCCGUGGCUUAUCUGUCCGACCGCACGCAGAUGCGCGCCGUGUUUCCCGUGGUGUUUGGGUUGAUUGCUACGGUGGGGUAUGCGAUUUUGGUGAGCAAUGCGCCUGGUGGGGUCAAGUAUUUUGCGUGCUUUUUGAUUGCCACCGGGUUGUAUGUGGUGGUGGGUAUUCCGCUGGCGUGGUUGCCGAGUAACAAUCCGCGGUAUGGGAAACGGGCGACUGCUACGGGCUUGCAGUUGACGAUUGGGAAUACGGCGGGGAUUCCAUCGCCUUUUCUCUUCCGCUCCGUCGACGCCCCCAGGUUUGUGGCCGGACAUGCCGUGUCGAUGAGCCUGAUGCUGAUGGCCGCGCUUAUCUACCUUUUCUUCUGGGGCUACUUCCGGCACCUGAACAAGCGGCGGGAUGAAGGAAAGGAGGACUACCGGGUGGUGGGCAUGACGGACGAGGAAAUUGACGAGUUGGGGGAUGAGAGUCCGCGGUUUCGGUAUAUUUACUAG